ACGCGCAAGCACUAGUCAGCAUAGUGAAAGUUAUCAGACGCGAGCUAGUACCAACUUCGCCGGCAGUGUGCAUAUCCACCGUGUGGAUCGCUGUGUUCGUCUCCCCUUGUCCUGAUACAAGCCUCUGGUAUACGUCCAUAUUCUUUGUCAAACACAGUCCUAGCUGGAGGAUGAGUGAAUCUUGGUAUUGGCGCGAUAAGUAUCUCGCUUUCAAUCUCUGAGAGUUAGACCCGCCGCGCGCGUCUAUUGCGGCUCGCCACAACGCGAUCACGUGCAACAUGAGGCCACGGUUGGUUCAACAUGAGGCUUCAGGACGUGCUUCGGCAGCGACUCAGAUACGAACCACAACAUCAACGACACCUCACUCAACUAUGGCCCCCAAACCACCUCCGAAUCUCAUAAAGUGCCAGACUCCUGCAGCAUACGCGCACCAGCUGGAAUCCUUGCGCGACGCACUGUCGAUUCCCGAGUCCGAAGAGACAUGGGAUAGGAUAUUGCAUUCGAUGCUUACAUUUACCUCCCUUGUGAGGGCCAAUGCCCCUACAUGGGCCCAGGAGACCGUCGUGUCUGUGCGCCCGAUAUCGCGGUCCCUCAACAACUCUGUCAACUCUGAACGCUCUCGGUUGUCCGGGGCGGCUAUCGAGCUCGUCACAACAUUGAUAACAACCCUCGGCCCGUCUUUCGAGGGCCUUAUCCCCCUCUUCCUGCCGACGCUCCUCGGGUUGUGCAUCCGCCCGAACAAAGUCUUCCAGUCCCGUGCGCGACAAUGCUUGCUCGCCACUAUCGAUCAUUCUCUCUCCCCGUCGCUCUUGCCUUACUUUGCUGAAUCGGUGAAGGAUAAGUCUGCGUCGCUGCGCCUCAUUGCGGCGGAGUGCGUUAUGGCCUGCUUGAACAGCCUGAACCCUCCCGAUUUGGAGAAGGAGCCGAGGGCGCGGGAGAUAGAGAUCAUCAUCAGGUCGACGGCGACGGAUGCGAGCGCGGAUGUGAGGAAGAUUGGGAGGAAGAUAUUCGAGGCGUACAAGCUUGUGUUGCCGUCGAGGGUGGAUAAGUGCGUAUGCUGUUGGUUUCUCGGAGUGCUUGUUGACGACCGUGACGCUAGAUUCACUCAACCUCUCACGCCGACGAUCAGGAAGUACCUAGACAUCAAACCGAAACCGAUUGCUGCUACACACUCCAACCCUCAGAGUCGCCCACCCUCUGCACAGUCAACUCGCUCCAACGAUGGCAAGCUGCCGCCCUUGCAGUUUUCAUCUUCCACGUCGUCCUUGAAGCCCACUUCGGGCACAUCGUCUACGCAGAUUGCACCGUCGAGUCGGGUGCACAUACGUUCUGCGUCUUCGUCGGAUCUUGUUGGGUCAUCAGCCCAUUCUACAGCAGCGACCAGGCAGAGACAGAUUUCGGGGGCUGGUGCUGCGUCAACACAGCGUUCUGCAGCUGCUAGGACGAACAUGCCUCCCCCCGCGAUUGUCCCGAACAGGAGCGGCAGGCCAGUUGUCGCCGCAGACGAGAAGGGCAAGAGCCGUCCACAACGAGCCAACACGGACCCCAGCGAGGACAGACUUUUCCAGUCCACACCGGCGGAGGCACCGUCGCGUUCUGCCAGCUCAACGACGGCGAGUCGACCCGAUCCUGGUCCGCUGCGACCGCAAGGCGGGACGUCUGGCCCGCGGAGAGCGGCACCCGUGAGCCGUGAGGAUGCCCUGCAGGACCAGGCCGGGCGCGGGAGGACAGGGCCUAUCCGUCCUGCUACGAGUAUGGCGGCGAUGCCUCCUUCGAGACCGGACGCGGCGGACAGACCUCAGCGCGUCGUUGGCGGGGCGCGGCGGGUGCCACGCAUGCCCCCGCCAGAAACACAACCGACGGCGUCGUCAGAUGCGAAACAUGGAGCCGAUGUUGCUGAACGCACGGCACCGACACCACUCGGGCCUGUGAAGACUUCUCAUGGGGCGGACGCACGCGGCGGCGCUGCGGCCAAGGCUGUCGCUCAGAAGAGCAAGCUGACCAAGCCUGCUGUGACGAAGGCGAACGAGAGGGCGAAACCGAUCCCGAAGACGGAGUCCACGCACCGCGCAGGCACGUCUCAUGGGAGUACGACUCAGAAGGGGCGCAGCGACAAGUUCGUACCAGCCAAACGCGGAGGGCACUCGCGCUCUGUUUCCCGGGACAAGACGGCUGGGGAAAGCAAGGAAAACGUGCAUGAACGCGGGAAGGAAGUGCCCGAGAGCGCAGCUCAGCCGGCAGAGAUACCCUUACCACCUAGUCCACGGCAGAACGCGACGGUGCCGCCGUCCGAGGUGCCUCUGCCUCCAAGUCCGCAGCAGGCCCAGUGCCGUCCUGUCGUGCCCAAGGUCGAGAUUUCGAACGAUCCGGCGACGCCAGACCGCCCGCGUAGUGCCCCUGAGCGUGUCGGCACCGUCGCGCAAACGCCUAUAUCUGCCCUCGUCGCUGACAUUGAGCGCGGAUUUCUGUUUACACCUGGAGACCCGCUCUCUCCUGCUCAGGGUUAUGCCGAGCAGAAGAGUAGCGUGCCUGUGCUUCCUCCUCUGCGAGCCCUUAGGACUAGCAGACUAUCUGAUAUCACGGAAUGAAAACACCAUCUUGUUUUCGAUUAUAGCGAUGCAUAGCAGAGGGUGUAUGGCAGUGCGUAUUGGUUGUAACCAGGGUGCUCGACU